AUGUUCCGAACAGCAGCUCUCCUCUCUUUCGCUUACCUCGCCGUUGUAUACGGCCAGCAAGCCGGAACAAGCACCGCUGAGACUCAUCCUCCGCUCACCUGGGAACAGUGCACUAGUGGUGGCUCAUGCACUACCCAGUCUUCAUCGGUCGUGCUUGACUCCAACUGGCGAUGGACUCAUGUAGUGGGCGGCUACACCAACUGCUACACCGGAAACGAGUGGAACGCAACUGUAUGCCCCGAUGGAACUACCUGUGCUGCCAACUGUGCUCUUGAUGGGGCUGACUACGAAGGAACCUAUGGUAUCUCCACGAGCGGAAAUGCUCUGACUCUCAAAUUCGUCACUGCUUCUGCUCAGACAAACGUCGGCUCCCGUGUGUACCUUAUGGCCCCCGGUAGCGAGACAGAAUACCAGAUGUUCAACCCAUUGAACCAAGAAUUCACCUUUGAUGUUGACGUCUCAGCCCUCCCCUGUGGUCUCAAUGGUGCAUUGUACUUUUCGGAAAUGGAUGCAGACGGUGGAUUGUCUGAAUAUCCUACUAACAAAGCCGGUGCAAAAUACGGCACUGGAUAUUGUGACUCGCAAUGCCCCAGAGAUAUCAAGUUCAUUGAAGGAAAGGCUAACGUCGAAGGCUGGACUCCUUCUAGCACUAGUCCGAAUGCUGGAACUGGUGGAACCGGUAUUUGCUGCAACGAGAUGGACAUCUGGGAAGCCAACUCUAUCUCUGAGGCCCUUACUCCUCACCCCUGUACUGCGCAAGGAGGAACCGCCUGUACUGGCGACUCUUGCUCUUCACCCAACUCAACGGCGGGUAUCUGUGACCAAGCAGGAUGUGACUUUAACUCGUUCCGUAUGGGCGACACCAGCUUCUACGGCCCAGGUCUCACAGUCGACACCACUUCCAAAAUAACCGUGGUCACCCAAUUCAUCACUUCGGACAACACCACCACCGGUGACCUCACUGCCAUUCGUCGUAUCUACGUCCAAAAUGGUCAAGUCAUCCAGAAUUCGAUGAGCAACAUCGCCGGAGUCACCCCUACUAACGAAAUCACCACCGACUUUUGCGACCAACAAAAGACCGCUUUCGGUGACACGAACACUUUCUCCGAAAAGGGUGGACUUACUGGCAUGGGUGCCGCUUUCAGUCGGGGCAUGGUCCUCGUUCUCAGUAUUUGGGAUGAUGAUGCCGCUGAGAUGCUUUGGUUGGACUCGACUUACCCUGUCGGCAAAACUGGUCCCGGUGCUGCCCGUGGAACUUGCGCAACUACUUCCGGACAGCCCGAUCAGGUUGAGACUCAGAGUCCUAAUGCCCAGGUUGUCUUCUCCAACAUCAAGUUCGGAGCUAUUGGAUCUACUUUCAGCAGCACUGGUACUGGCACCGGCACCGGCACCGGCACUGGUACUGGUACUGGUACGGGCACUACUACCUCCAGCGCGCCAGCAGCCACUCAAACAAAGUAUGGCCAAUGCGGAGGUCAAGGCUGGACGGGCGCUACUGUUUGUGCAAGUGGUUCAACCUGUACGUCGAGCGGGCCUUACUACAGUCAAUGUUUGUAG